GGAGAAUCGACGUCAUCACUUUGCGUCCAGGGACAAGUAAACAGUUCCGCUGUGUCGCGAUGGACUCAAACAAGGACGAAGCGGAACGUUGCAUUAAAAUAGCACUAAAUGCAAUCAGUAAUAAUCAGCUGGAGAAAGCCAGAAAGUUCUUGGAGAAGGCCCAGCGUUUAUUUCCGACAGAUAAGGCCAAAAACCUUUUGGAGUCAUUAGCGCAGAAUGGAAAGCCUCCAGAUGAGAACGGCAGUGCUGUAAACGGAGAUGGAUCCGGGGUGAGACACCGCGGCGAGAGAGACGGAGCUAAUGUUUCCCAGGGCCACACAGACUCGGACAAAUCUUACACAGCAGAGCAGCUGGAGGCUGUCAAAAAGAUUAAGAGCUGUAAAGAUUAUUACCAAAUUCUGGGAGUGGAAAAGUCAGCAUCUGAGGAGGACCUUAAAAAGGCUUACAGGAAGCUGGCCCUGAAAUUUCACCCAGAUAAAAAUCACGCGCCUGGAGCCACAGAGGCAUUUAAAGCCAUUGGUAAUGCCUAUGCUGUUCUAAGUAACACCGAAAAACGAAGACAAUAUGACCAGUAUGGAGAGGAGCAAACACAGCCAAACAGACACAGGCACCACCACGAUUUUGAGGCAGAUAUCUCUCCUGAGGACCUUUUUAACAUGUUCUUUGGUGGAGGCUUCCCAUCAAGUAACGUCCAUGUUUACAGGAAUGGAAGAAUGCAUUUUGCACACCAGAAUAGACAAGAAAGACGGGAACAGCAGAGAGAUGGAGGGUUUGCUCUGCUGGUCCAGCUGAUGCCCAUCUUAAUUCUCAUCAUUGUUUCUGCUCUCAGCCAGUUGAUGGUCACGCAGCCUCCUUACAGCCUUAGCUAUCGUCCAUCAGCCGGACAUGUUCACAAAAGGCAUACGUCACACCUAAAGGUGCCUUUCUAUGUGGGGGAUCGUUUCAAUGAAGAAUUUACAGGCAAUAACCUGAAAACUGUUGAAAGAAGUGUAGAAGAAGACUAUAUCUCUAACCUAAGAAACAACUGCUGGAAGGAGAAGCAGCAGAAGGAAGGCUUGUUGUAUCGUGCUCGUUACUUUGGGGACUCUGAGUUGUACCAAAGGGCUCAAAGAAUGGGGACCCCUAGCUGUUCCAGACUAUCUGAGAUUCAGGUCAUACUGGAUGGCUAGGAAACGCUUGCAAACACAUGGAGUUCGUCGGUACUUGAAUCUAAGGAGGAGAAAUCAGUCUGGGGCCACUCUUAAUUGGAGCAAAUUUCUGCAGCAACCCAAGAGAAUCUAAACAAGCAUAACACUCUGUGUGCAGAGGGGCCUCGUCAGGGGACCUUUCCUGCAGCUCGAUCCACUUCCUGUAGAGCCGCAAGAAGCUUUGAGCUGCCUGCUGACAUUUUCUUCCUCUCCGGUCUCAACCAGUGGUGAGAGUCCGAUGGGCGUCAUGGUGGAAAGUGAGCCUCUGUUAUCUACUCAAACGAUAAAGAAGGCUGCUGAGAUUAGCUUCCUCUGUCCUGAUCUUUUUAUUUUUCUUCCUGGAGAAACCUGAAGGCCUUUCUCAUAGACAAGACAGUCUGAGCCACUCAUGAGGAAAAAAAGUGUGUAAUUUUUAUAGUUCUUACCAAUGUAAAUACUCAUUUUACUUAACAGUGCAGGGGAUGGUAGUCAUUUACAAAACCGUUUUGUGAAUUUGCUUGUAGCCUGUUGGAUCAUAACUAGUAAAAAUUGUUGCACAGAUUAAAGUAAAACCUAUUUAUUAAAUUAACAAGCUAAAAUUCUAUACAAUUAUUUGAAUAAAAGUUGUCUGAUGAA